AACGGAAGCUGGGGACAAAGAAAACAAAACGCUUCCGCUCCAAGAGCAGCGGAUGUUAGCAAUAAUAGUAGUGUGGAUUUCCUUUUUCUUUUUACACCAGUUAGCUAAAGUGACAUAGAGCCUUUCAAACACCACGGAGGAGGGCAGCACUGUUUCGCCAAUGUCUUGUUCAGCAAUUUAAAAGGUGACAUCUUGCUGUUUUGAGCACAUAACCUGCACCAUGGGGAAGAGAUACUACUGUGACUACUGUGACCGGUCCUUUCAGGACAAUAUGCAUAACAGGAAAAAACAUCUGAAUGGUGUUCAGCAUCACAGAGCUAAAAAGGCCUGGUAUGACUCUUUUAGAGACUUUUCAGCCAUUCUGUGUGAUGAGCAAACAAAGAAACCCUGCAGGAAGUUUCUCCAAAAAGGAAUUUGUGAUUUUGGCCCCAACUGCAGGUUUUCUCACAUGUCUGAAGAGGAACUGUUUAACUUAAAAAGACAGGUGGAAGAUGAAAGACAGCGCAGAGAGGACUCUGUAGACAGAAUGAUACCUGGGCGAAGUAUAGAAGAGUGGCUCUCCAGAAGGGAAAAAAAGCGAACUGCCCUCAAUAUUGAAGGAGAUUCAAAAGAUAAGCAAGACAGCGAAGAGGGCCAAGAAGAAAGUGACAUACCUCAACAGCUCCUCUCCAUCCCUGACCUUCCACCCUCUCUUCUACCUCCUCCCCCAGGCGGGUGGAAAGUCAAAGUGAACACAGAAUGGGGUUGAGAUAUUCACUUUGUGGUUCACAUCACUGUUAAGUGGAUAUGGGACAUUAAUUGAAGGAGGAAUGGUACAGAUUGCAUAUUAAGAGAUUGUGUCACAUAUUUGAAGGUUUUCAGUUUUUAAUGAGGUUUCCAGUUGAUUCUAAAAGCUGUUUGUUGCCAAUUUUUUAAAAGAAGAAUAAAAAACCACAGAAUAGGUCAUGUUUGUUUAAUUUAGAAGAACUAUUUAUUUAUUACAUUGUACUUGCAGGUGUUAAGUUUCUUGUUUAAGAAUACAAUUAACAGUAAAAAGAAGCUAAUUUAAAAUGAGUAAAUGGUUAUAUUUACAUAAAACACAUGCAGUGCAUAAUAACCCUUAUAAUUGACAUGUUGGCAGUUUGUUGUUGAUUGCUGCACUAAUCUGAAGUAGAGUGACUUAAUCGUAAGACUCCUCUAAGGAGUUACAUUUGAUGUUUAUGUAGUCCUGAAUGAAACAGAGGAUUGCUGAGCAGAUGGAAAUAAUGUUUUGUUUAAUUUUAAUCCUCUGCAUUGUUACCAAGGUAAUCACUGAUCUGACUGUAUUUUAUUUCUAACCCAGCCAGCUAAAAAAAACAAUUUUACUUCGUAAAUAGUAAAGAUGGCAAACUAAUGAUCUGGAUUACGUUUCAUAAUGAAGGUUUUCAUAGUUGGAACGUUUGUUAAAACACUUGCCAAAGAGCUUCAUGCAGAUCUGGAUUUGUGAUUAAUGCAUUUAUAAUUGUCAUUGGCUUUUUAAAGGUCCUCAAUAAGGUUAUUCCUCAUAACUGGGGUUUUGCUGAGAUGUAUACUGUAUAACCCACUUACCUAAUGCAGUGGUUACAGCAGAAUCCUCCUUAAAUUGGUAUGAGUUUCUUUCUGUUUUGUAUAAUUUUGUCUAACUCUUAUUCUGCCGCCUUGAUCAGAAUACGUCUCUGACUUCUUAUGGGACUUAACCUACCUACUUACGUACUUAAAGGUGCCCUGUGGUGUUUUGGACCACUCUAGCACUAUGGAUCAACAUUUGUAUCAUCCACACACACAAGGACCCAUGCACGGCCAGCCUUGGUUUCAGGCUAUUCUGCUUAUUGACAGUGGCAGUAACACAGCAACAAAUAAUAAAGACAGUGAAGAAGAUGGAUAGCAAUGGAAAAGCAGACAUAGAUGUAAACAAUAAAUGAUUUUAUUAAGCUAAUA